UGCUGAGCGCCGCGGUGGUGCUGGGCGCCGCGCUGCCCGCCGGCUGGUACAUGCUGCAGCUGCAGGAGGAGGUCGGGCGGAGCGCCCGGGAGGUUGAGGCCUCGGGCCGGCAGCGGCAGGAGCUGGCCGCCACCCUGGACGCCGUGGUGCAGAAGGUACGUUCUCUUCAAACCACAUUUGGAGAAUUUGAAUCCAUGAUGAAAAUUGUUCAGCAGAAGCAGGAGGUGAGCGAGAAGGCUGUUAAACAAGGGGAGAGUGAAAUAAACCGGAUCAGUGAAGUGCUUCAGAAGCUGCAAAAUGAAAUUUUGAAAGACUUGUCUGAUGGCAUUCACAUGGUGAAGGAUGCAAGGGAACGAGACUUCACAUCUCUGGAAAACACAGUGGAAGAGAGACUAACAGAGCUGACCAAGUCUAUAAAUGAUAACAUUGCUGUAUUCACUGAAGUCCAGCAAAGGAGCCAAGAUGAAAUCAAUAAUAUGAAAGCAAAGGUUGGUUCACUAGAACAGGCAGAUGUGUAUAAACACGAAAUUAAGGUGCUAAAAGAUGCUUUUGAUGAAAUGCAAGCAUCCAUGAAAAUGAAAGAAAAGGACAUAGAGACCUUGAAGAGUACAAUAGACUCCAUGGAGUCUGAUGUGUACACUGAAGUGAAAGAGUUAGUCAACCUCAAACAAGAACAUGAGAAGUUCAAAGAGGCUGCAGACACUGAACACCUUUCAUUAAAAGCUUUACAAGAGAAAGUUCUGAGAGCUGAGGGUUCUAUUAUGCAGCUCCCUAGUGACAUUAAAAGACUUGAUGAAGAUUUACUGCAAGUUAAAGCCAACCUCAACAAAUGGGAAGAUAAUGAACUCUUCAGGAAAGCCUUAGAAACCUUUGGGAAGAGCAAUGGAGGACUGGAAUCUCGAUUGAGGCACAUAGAAGACAGCCUAGAGUCUCUAGCGUCUGUUGCUGCUCAAAACAGUGAAAAGUUGGAAUCUUUCCUUUCUAAGGAGGCAGAGUAUGAGAAUAAGCUCAAUACCCUAGAACAAAGCAUUACCACUCUUCAGGGACUCUCAAAUACAGACGUAACUUCAGUCACAGAUGCUCUGAAAAAUCUAGGUGAAGCACAGACUUCACUGUACAACGACAUGGAAAACUUAAGGAGAAGCAUCAGUGGCUUGCCAUCCUCUGGUGCUCUCCAGGAUAUCCAGAAACAAAUUAGUACUUUGUUGGAUCAAGGCAAUCAUCAGGCAGGUCAAGCACAUUCUCAAGGCUACCUUGAAAAAUUUUCUUCUAUGGAAGGCUCUGUAGAUGAACUGAGAUCUUCUGUUAGCCAGGUUGAUUCUGAUUUGAAAAUGAUAAGAACUGCAGUGGAUAGUUUAGUUGCCUAUUCGGUGAAAAUUGAGAAUAAUGAGAACAACUUGGAGUCUGUGAAGAGCUCAAUAGAUGACCUGAGGAAUGAUCUGGAAAGGUUGUUCGUGAAAGUAGAAAAAAUACAUGAAAAAGUUUAGGCAGUGGUGCUCCUUGGGCAAAUAAUGGGUUAAGGAAAAUAGCUUUUGUAUGCCCCGUUUUUUACUCUUUUUAAAAGCAAUUUGAUACCUCCAAAGAGAAUAAGAAUACUUUAAUAAUAGAGACAGUUCUGCUUAUUUCCUUUAUUUCAUUUCCGUGUAGUGUUUUUGGAGUUUUUGUUGUUUGGAUUUUUCUUUCCCUUAAGUUUUGUUUUAAGAAAACACGAGUUUAGUUGGGGGUUGAGUUUGUUAAGGGCUCAUCUUCUCUAUGAAGUUGUACCACUGUUAAGUGUAGUGGUGUAACUGAGGCACUACAGCCUCGUUAGCAUGGGCACAUAUUUAAUGGCAUGAAGGUGUUUCACACUGACACUAGAAAUCCCACACAGAAGGGAGAAGGGCUACAGCUGUUCUGGGACCCAAAGCAUACUGCUGCACUCACCGAGGAUUUUACUGGUAUAUUUGGGUUUAAGAAACAAACUAUCUUAAACUGUUUGCUGCAGUGAACUUGAGUGGUGCAAGUGUGGAGCACCUCAUCUGUUUCUGCAGUUUGGGACUCAGAUGUGUGGUCAGUUUACCAAGGGUCAGCUGAGCUGCAGUGUAUUUCUUAGACCUUAAUCUGUACCAAGGAACUAACAAGGUCUGAGGUAAGUGGCACUGCCUGGGGCUAAGGCCUAGGAGAUUCAUUCUUCAUGAUCACAUGCUUCUUUGCCAGCCUCUUCAGCUGCUGGUGCAGAAGAUCAGUGCUUAGAAGGGACAUCUGAAGGACUGGAUUAAUUUCAAGAGGGUACUGUAAUAUUUUUGCCAUAUUUUUAGACUGUUUACAUGAUUAGGCUGUGUCUUCCUUGAAAAGAUCUAAAAUUUGGUCUUUGAUAAGGGGUUUUUCUGUAAAAAUCACCACAAAUUUGAGGAAAGAGAAGGACCAAAAUUGUACCUGUUGUGUUCCAUGUAUAACAAGCAUGCUAUCAACAGCAAUAAUACACUCCAAAACACACAAGAGGGAAAAUCACCAUGAAAUCAGCAGAAUUGCUUCUAUGGCAUAUACAUUUCCAAGUUUUCACACAGCUGACAGUGACCUGAACUCUUCUUACAUAUUCAGGACUUGGCACCUGAUUCUUGUCACUAUUUUUGUCACCAGGUGUCUGGCUGGGGCAUUGGUAGCAAAGGAACCUUCUAGGAGAGUGAGGAAAAGGUGUCAUAAUUCUGUAGAUGGUCUUCUAAAAACUGCUUUCUUGUGAAGCUUCUUUGGUUUUCUGUCUUUUUGGAAAGGAUUUCUAAUAUCCCUCCUUUUUGAGUUUACUUUUCAACUUUAUCCAAAUAAUUGGUAAAGAAGUCUGCACACGGAUACCUUGGAAAUAGGCCAUGGGCAUCAUGCCCACUUCAGCCUGGACCAGACAGAUCCUCGACUGUGUUAGAUAAAAAAUUCCUAGAAAUAGCACCUCCCAGAAACGGGAACAGCACAAGUGAAAAGGAGUUCUCCUAGGUAAAUAGGAUACUGAACCAUAUCCAGUGUUGUUCCUGCUGUAAACGGGAAAGAAUUGCUGUCAGAGAAAGAGGGAGCCAUGGCAUUAAGGUAACUGUUGUCACUGUUGGAACUGCACUGUUCUUUGUUGACUUCUCAAGUUCUUGAACAAUGUUGUUUAGGUUACUGUGAAAUGAACUGUAUGGCUUAUUUGCAGUAUUUUUAAUACAUAAUAAACAUUUGGAAUAUUCUUUGCA